GGGCUCUUCCGGGCACCCGCUUUCAGACUCAGCUUCACGGAGGCGCUGUUGGCAGUGGUUUCUUGUGGUGCUGUGAAGUUACUGCUGCUGACAGAUGGUGAACUGAGAGCUUUGGCGAGCUGGGGAACCACAACAUGGUCAGAAGACGGCUCCAGACCUCAUUACAGAUGGUUGUGAGCCACCAUGUGUUUGCCGGGAAUUGAACUCAGGACCUUUGGAAGAGCAUGCAAUGUACCCCUGAGCCAACUCUCCAGCCCAUGCUGGCUUUUCUUGGUAGCCAAACUGAUUACCUGUGGAAGACACAAAUGCACAAUGAAUUGGAAGGCAGUGACCUAUGAUGAUGUGCAUAUCAACUUCACUCGGGAAGAGUGGGAUUUGCUGAAUCCUUCCCAGAAGAAUCUCUAUAAAGAUGUAAUGCUGGAAACCUACAAGAACCUCACUGCUAUAGGAUACAUUUGGGAAGACCAUAGCACUGAAGAACAUUGGCAAUGUUCUAGAAGACAUGCAAGGAUUGAAAGAAAUCAAAAUGGAGAGAAGAAACUUUCAGUGUAUACUCACGGUGUUAAAGUCUUGUCUUAUGACACUCACCUGCUAAGGAAUGAAAACCCAUAUAAUGGAGAAAAACCCUCUAAAAGUAAGCAAUGCAGUAACGCCUUUGCUUAUCACAGUCAUAUUCAAGUGCUUAGAAAACACACUGGAAAAAAACCCUAUGAAUAUCGUCAAGCUGAUAAAGACUUUGUUCUUUAUGAAACUCAUCAAAGUCAUAAAAGAACACAUACGAAAGAGAAACACUAUGAAUGCAAUCAGUGUCGUAAGGCCUAUGCGUGUCAAACUGAUCUUCAAAAGCGUAAGAGAACAGAUACUGGAGAGAAACCCUAUGAAUGUAAUCUGUGUGGUAAGGCCUUUGCAGCUCAGAGUAAUCUUCGCAACCAUAAAAAAACACAUACUGGAGAAAAACCCUAUGAAUGUAAUCAGUGUGGUAAGGCCUUUGCAGCUCGGUGUAAUCUUUGCAAGCAUAAAAGAACACAUACUGGAGAGAAACCCUAUGAAUGUAAUCAGUAUGGUAAGGCCUUUGCUAAAAACAGUGCUGUUCAAAAGCAUAAAAGAACACAUACUGGAGAGAAACCCUAUGAAUGUAAUCAGUAUGGUAAGGCCUUUGCUAAAAACAGUGCUGUUCAAAAGCAUAAAAGAACACAUACUGGAGAGAAACCCUAUGAAUGUAAUCAGUAUGGUAAGGCCUUUGCUAAAAACAGUGCUGUUCAAAAGCAUAAAAGAACACAUACUGGAGAGAAACCCUAUGAAUGUAAUGAGUGUGGUAAGGCCUUUGCAGCUCAGGGUGAUCUUCACAAGCAUAAAAGAACACAUACUGGAGAAAAGCCCUAUCCAUGUAAUCAGUGUGGUAAGGCCUUUGCAUGUCACAGUCAUCUUCAAUUGCAUAAAAGAACACAUACUGGAGAGAAGCCCUAUGAAUGUAAUCAGUGCGGUAAAGCCUUUGCAUGUCACAGUCAUCUUCAAUUGCAUAAAAGAACACAUACUGGAGAGAAACCCUAUGCAUGUAAUCAGUGUGGUAAGGCCUUUGCAGCUCAGGGUAAUCUUCACAAGCAUAAAAGAACACAUACUGGAGAGAAACCCUAUGAAUGUAAUCAGUGUGGUAAGGCCUUUGCCCAGCACAGUCAUCUUCAAAGUCAUAAAAGAACACAUACCGGAGAGAAACCCUAUGAAUGUAAUCAGUGUGGUAAGGCCUUUGCAGAUCAGAGUAAUCUUAAAAAGCAUAAAAGAAUACAUAGUGGGGAGAAACCCUAUGAAUGUAAUCAGUGUGGUAAGGUCUUUGCUGACAACAGUGGUCUUCAAAAGCAUAAAAGAACACAUACUGGAGAGAAACCUUAUAAAUGUAGUCAGUGUGAUAAAGCCUUUGCACGACAUACUCAUCUUCAUUUGCAUAACAGAACACAUACUGGAGAGAAACCCUAUGAUUGUAAUCAGUGUGGUAAAGCCUUUGCACGACUCAGUCAUCUUCAAUUGCAUAAGAAAAUUCAUAGUGGAGAGAAACCCUAUGAAUGUAAUGAAUGUGGUAAGGCCUUUGCGCAUCAAAAUAGUCUUCAAUUGCAUAAAAGAAAACAUACUGGGGAGAAAGAAACCCUAUGAAUGUAAUCAGUGUGGUAAGGCCAUACACAUCACAGUUAUCCUCAAAUGCAUAGAAGAACAUGUAGUAGGAGCUGCGGGCCUGCUUUUUGUCCCGCCCGGUUCCCACAUGGUUGGCUUUAUAUGUGAAAUAACAACACACAAACUGUAUUCAUUUAAACACUGCCUGGCCCAUUAUAUCUAGCCUCUUCUAGGCUAAUUCUCAAGUAUUAAUUUAGCCCAUUUCUAAUCUGUGUAGCACCGGUAGGUGUGCUUACCGGAAAAGAUUCAGCAUGUCUGACCUGGUGGCUUGCUCCAUCGUGUCUGGCCCAGAGAGGAGAGGAAAUUGAGUCUGAGCUCACUUCCUCUUCCUCCCAGCAUUCUGUUCUGUUUACUCCACCCACCUAUGUUCUAACCUAUGAGGGCCAAGCAGUUUCUUUAUUUUUUAACCAAUGACCUUCCUCCAUCAAGAACACAUUCUAGAGAGAAACCCUAUGAUUGUAAUAUUUUUGGUAAGGCCUUUGCACAAAACAGCCAUCUUCAAAAAUACAAAAGAUCACAGACUACAUCAUAGAACCCCUAUGAAUGUAGUAGUGUGGUUAGGCCUUUGGAGACCACUCUUCUCUUCAAGGUAAUAAAAUAACACACAGUAGAGGGAAACCUUAUGAAUGUAUAGUAGUGUGAGAAAGCCUUUUCACAUCUUAUCUUCAAAUGCAUAAAAGAACACAGACGGGAGAGAUAACUGUGAAUUGAGUCUGUGGUAAAUCCUUUGUCACAACCAUCUCCAAAUGCAUAAAAUAAACCAUCUUGCAGAAAACUAUGAACUCAGUGUGUGCAUUCUUCAAAAACAUGAGAAAAACCGUAAUAUAUGAAACUCUAAGUGAAUUUAGUGUUUUAAUGUUUUGUACUUCAUACAGGAGUAAGACUUU